CGUCUUUAUCAAUACACCCCGGUAUUGUUGCGCUGUACUGACUCGCCGAGUCGUGUUUUCCUAACAGUUGUUAAAGUUGGCCGGUUAAAAUGAUUUAUAAAGGUGUUUCUAAUCUUAGUAGGUCGUCGGUGUGUAAUACUGAACGCCUUGCGGUUUCCCCUGUCAGCUCGGCUAACAAGCUAACGCUAACUCUCGAGCAGCAGCUGAAAUGACUCGGAAGGUAUCUAACUCCAACCCUCUGCCUUCAUCACGGACUCAACAAGAGCAAAAUGGCGGAUGUGACUAAAUGGCCCCUCUUCAGCCUAAUGAGCCCACAAGAGCUCUCAUCCAUACGGAAAGCCUGUGUGUUUGGAACAUCUGCCAGUGAGGUCAUCUACAUCACCAGCGAUGAUGAGGUGUAUGUGUUUGGAUUAAACUGCAGUAGCUGUCUGGGAACAGGAGACAGUCUGAGCACCAUAGCACCCAAGAAGCUGGACUUCCUGAGAAGCAGGAAGGUGGUCAGCCUGAGCUAUGGCAGCGGACCCCACGUCCUGCUGGCUACUGAAGAGGGCGAGCUGUUCGCCUGGGGCCAUAACGGCUACAGCCAGCUGGGAAACGGGACCACCAACCAGGGCGUGUCUCCGGUUCUGGUGUCAGCCAACCUGCUCAACAAGAAAGUGACGGUGGUAGCGUGCGGCUCUCAUCACUCCAUGGCCCUGACCGACACAGGAGAGGUGUACGCAUGGGGCUACAAUAAUUGUGGUCAGGUGGGCUCAGGCUCCACGGCAAACCAGCCCACACCCCGGCGAGUAUCCAACUGCCUGCAGAACAAGAUGGUGGUCAGUAUUGUCUGUGGCCAGACCUCCUCUUUGGCAGUGGUGGACAACGGAGAGGUUUACGGUUGGGGCUAUAAUGGGAACGGACAACUUGGACUGGGUAACAAUGGGAAUCAGCUGACUCCCUGUCGCUUGGUGGCCCUGCAGGGUUUGUGUGUCCAGCAGAUUGUCUCUGGUUAUGCCCACUCCCUGGCUCUAACAGACGAAGGCUUGCUGUACGCAUGGGGAGCCAACACGUAUGGACAGCUGGGCACUGGCAACAAGAGCAACCAGCUCAGCCCGGUGCAGGUCAUGAGCGAGAAGGAGAGAGUUGUUGAGAUUGCCGCCUGUCACUCUACACACACAUCAGCGGCGAAGACCCAGAGUGGUCAAGUGUAUAUGUGGGGCCAAUGCAGGGGCCAGUCCAUCGUGCUGCCCCACCUGACGCACUUCACCUGCACCGACGACGUCUUCGCAUGCUUCUCCACUCCCUCCGUCAUGUGGCGGCUGCUCUGCACAGAGCAUGAAGACUUCUUGACCGUAGCCCAGUCUUUGAAAAAAGAGUUUGACAACCCGGAGACAGCCGACCUCAAGUUCUGCGUGGACGGGAAAUACAUCUAUGUCCACAAAGCGAUUUUAAAGAUCAGGUGUGAACACUUCAGAUCCAUGUUCCAGUCUCACUGGACUGAAGACAUGAAAGAAGUUAUCGAGAUAGACCAGUUCUCCUACGCAGUGUACCGCUCCUUCCUGGAGUUCCUCUACACAGACAACGUGGCGCUGCCUCCCGAGGAUGCUAUCAGGCUGCUGGACCUGGCUACUUCGUACUGCGAGAACCGCCUGAAACGUUUGUGUCAGCACAUCAUAAAGCGGGGCAUCACUGUAGAAAAUGCCUUCUCCCUGCUGUCUGCAGCUGUACGUUAUGAGGCAGAGGACCUGGAAGAGUUCUGUUUCAAGUUCUGUGUGAACCACCUGACUGAGGUGACCCAGACCACCGCCUUCUGGGAGGUAGAUGGUAACAUGCUCAAAGACUUCAUCUGUCGAGCCAGCCGCUGUGGAGCCUUCAAGAACUGACCUACUUCAGAUAAGACCUACGAAUCAGACAAGCAGACGAGAGACACUACAGGAUGCAUCUGAUCCAGGGAAGUUGACUCCUCUGCUGGGUACACUUCCCCUUCGUUGACAUGGGGUUAUAUGAUGGAAGGUGAUUUAAGCAAUUUAUGAGCCGUUAGAUCCCUGAUGUCACUGUUUUGUCCUUGGUUCACCUCAUUCCAGACCAAAGAACCGUGUGUCGGUCGUGUGGGGGCUAAGUAAGUUGAAUUAGCUACCCACAUCAGGCGGUCCAUUUAGUUUCUUCUAGGUCCUUUUGUUUGUCUAAGUGCCUGAUGGCCUGUUGUUGUCCACAUAUCUUGUGGAGCAGGGUCUGAACUAUCUAGACAUGGAUAUGAAGAAGCAGCACAUGUUUAACAGGGGUUUAUAUAGGUUGUUUUUACAUUUGAAAGAUUUGUUAGACCUGCUAUAUAGCCUCACUUAAACCAUUCCACUUAGCUGAUCAAGCUAGCUCUUGAGCGAGGGUGUUUUACAGAGUGCACUUUUUUCUUUACUUGCUCUUCUGCAGUGGGGGUGAAAUUCAUGUAUUCAGUCCUGAUGCACAGUCUAGCUUUACUGUAUUUACAGACUGACCAUGGUGAAUAAUUACACAAAGAUGGAAAAAGGAUGUUUUACACCAUGUACCCACUUCUGGAUGGGAGUUCAGUACCAGUAGAUCACAGACCGCACAUGGUGGUGUAACAAGAGUAUAAACUCAGGUUUGGUGACUGCACAAUUUUUUUAUUUAUCAUUUAAUGUGUAGACAUGACAGGUUUUCUGCAGCUCUUUCGUUAUGGGUCCUAGAUGCUGAGACUUCUGUGUGACGUGAGCGUAGAAACCAAUCGGCUCUGUGCAUAAUGUAGUCCACUGACUUCUGGUUUCUACUGCAGCGGUCAUACCAGUUUCCUGUUUGUUGGCGUGUGCUAUUGACGAUGGCAUAUUUUUCAUGAUGCCUGCAAGAUUUACCAUGGAUAAAUGUCAACUACAUGCACAGAACUGUCGACAAACGUUCACCUGCACCUACCAGCAAACGGGUGAAAAGUUUCAAGUUGUACAUAUCAAGUUACGCCCACAAUUAUGAGGAUGAGCGGAUGGACGGUAUUGUGGCAUUGACAUUGACAUUUAUCCAUGGUAAAUCUUGCAGGCAUCACGAAAAA